CUUCUCAACAGGCAAGUCUGUUUCUCGGUGGCGCUUUCGUGCUUUAGAAGUUGUUCGAUUGAAUUAUCGGAGUAAUUAGAGGUAAUUUAGUGGAAGUGCGGGAGGGUUGGUGUUGAUUGUUGACUAAUUAAUAAGGUGGUUGCAGAGAUGAGAGCGAAGGAGAAGGACGAGCAAAAUGGAAUCGAGGAUCAAUCUGAUCGAGUGGCUAAAGAUACAUCGAAAAGUAAGGACUGGGCUGCGGCUGAUCUUGAAAAGGUCACUGAUUUCAAUGAAGACAACGACAUCGGUCGAGAAGUGUCGAAUGAGAAACUCGACAGCUUGAUUUGUGGACCCAGUGGACCGUUAAGAGAAAGUGGGAAAGUGGUCAGUGUGAGGAAAGAGGACGUACUGCUUAUCAUGGAUGAAUUGGAAUUGCCAAGAAUUCGUGCUGAGAAAAAGCUGAUUGAGCACAAUGGCGAUAUCAUAGCUGCAACAAAGGAUCUUCUGGGCUUCUGAAACUGUCGAAAAUUUAAACAGAAACAGUGCUGCUUAUUAUGUCAUAUCAAUUGGGAUUGAUUAAGCUGCUUGAAACAAUUUAUUCCUCGAAUACUUUGAAAUGAACCCAGUGUAUGGAACUUACAAUACGUCGCAACUUCCAAACAGUGGACUGUUAGUUCUUUUGUCACUGCAAUGUCUCAUUUUUACAGAGAAAGGGGUUCUAUGUUCCAAAGAUCCGACACAUUUGCCCAAAUAUAGCUGUAACCUUACAAAAGCAUUCCC